UGCCAUACACAUAUAGUCCAUGUAUAGGUAGCUGCCCGUUCGAGAGAGGGACCCAUUUCUUUCUUUCAAAAUAUGUUUGUGUUGGGUUUUUUCAAAUUCAUUGAGAGGGACGAUAAAGUGCAGAGAGAGAGAGAGAGAGAGAGAGAGAGACGCUCUUUGAGGCUUUGACUUCAAACAACCAUCUUCUCUCUCUAUUUGGUCUAUUUUUAAUUGAUUUAUUUCUUGUUUAUUAUGAGAUAAUUCAUUUAUUUCUUGAAACUAUAACAGCGGUCUCUAUAUUAUAUACUUACCUUUGAGCAUAUCCAGACACUGUUCUGUCUUCUUCUUCUUUAUUCUUCUUCGUCUUCUCUGCUUCUUCUCCCUUUUUUGUUUUGCCCGCUUCUGUUUGAGGCAACUCGUUAUAGCUAUAGUUGUGAACUUUUAAGUAAGUUUUAAAUAGAUACCUAGCGCUGCAGCUAACAGCUUGUUGGGGUUUAAGAGAAAUGAGUGCUUCAAAGUUCAUUAAAUGUGUUACAGUUGGAGAUGGAGCUGUGGGCAAGACCUGUAUGCUUAUUUGUUAUACAAGCAACAAGUUCCCCACUGAUUACAUACCAACGGUGUUCGAUAAUUUCAGUGCAAAUGUGGCUGUUGAUGGAAGCAUUGUGAAUUUGGGAUUAUGGGACACUGCUGGUCAGGAGGAUUAUAGCAGGUUGAGGCCACUAAGUUACAGAGGUGCUGACAUCUUUGUCUUGGCUUUUUCACUAAUUAGUAGGGCAAGCUAUGAAAAUGUCCUCAAGAAGUGGAUGCCUGAACUUCGUCGAUUUGCCCCAUGUCCAAUUGAUCUUGUUGGAACAAAGUUAGAUCUUCGCGAAGAAAGAGGAUUUCUAGUAGAUGAUGCUAACAUCAUAACAUCCGCUCAGGGAGAGGAAUUGAGGAAGCAAAUUGGUGCAGCAGCUUAUAUUGAGUGCAGUUCUAAAACUCAGCAGAAUGUCAAAGCUGUUUUUGAUACUGCAAUCAAAGUUGUUCUUCAACCUCCAAGAAGAAAGGACGUGACAAGGAAGAAAAGACGCAGGUCUGCCUGCUCUGUGGUGGGUAUCAUAUGUGGAGGUUGUGUUGCAUAGGGUGUGUGUGCGAUGACAGAUGGCUUGUAGCUCCUUACUUUGAUAAGGAGUAGCUUCUUGUAAUAUGGUUUUGAAGUAGACCGCUCUCGUUACUUUUUUCCUGGUGAUAUCCUUCGAUGUGCAUUUGUAGCUACAUUGACAUAAUCUGGACCAGAAAUAGUUAUCUUCAUCUUACCAACUUGGUGGAAGAAUAUGAUUGGAGGGAAUUCUUCAUUCUCUCAAUUAUGGUUCUACUUAAAUUGUGUUUGAAUUUGUCAGAUUUUUGUUGAAUUACACUUGCUUGCUGGAGCCUUUACGGUCCUUUGCUUGCUGCAUUUUUUUUUGUA